CCCACUCAUCAUCGUCUAUCUCUCCAGCUGAGUGAAGGGGUUUUUCAGAGAACGACUAUAGAGUGUGACUUCCUUUUCAACUAACAUACAGGGAGUCUUAUCAAAUGAUGUCUCUCUCUCUUCUCUUUCUUCUCUGUGUGUUUUGGUGAGUCUAGCUAUCUACCAGUCAGAGAUAGAUGAGGAGGACGUACAGCCAGAGGAAACAGACAUACAACUCCCAACAGAGAUGUCUGGUGGUCCCCUCUCAUGUUUCUCCAAACAGGGAAUACUCCUACUCUCUAUCCUCCACUAUGGGAUCUGUGCUGACGUCCCUCCAAAGGACCUGUAUGGAUUGAAGGGGGGUUCGGUGUGCCUGGCUGUAGCAGAACCACCGCAGGAGCUUCGAAGACAAAGUUGGAAGGUCAAUAGUACCAUAAUAGUUGCUGACAAAAAGGUCUCUCCUAAAUACCAGGAGAAAGUGGAGUAUAAUCCACUGAACCACUCUCUGUGCAUUAAGAAUCUGAGUGAAAAAGACAGGGGAACUUACAUUGCAACCUAUAACAAAAAUUGGGAAGAGUUGACUACUACAUACAGACUAACAGUACAGGAGCCUAUAUCCAAGGUGGAGAUCCAGAAGGAGAUCAAGCUAUUGGCCAACCAGUCCUGUUCAGUGUGGCUGCUGUGCAACGUGUCAGUCGGCUCCAACCUCUCCUACACCUGGGAGAGAGGGAAUGAGACGUACAGGGACGACCAGCAGAUACACUUCUCUCUGUCACCAGCAGACGGAGACAUCAGUGUAACCUGCACUGCCUCCAACUCAUUCAGUUGGAAAUCUGCCUCUACAACAGUGAAGUGUAGUAAUGACACAACCACCCAAGGGCUGGUGUGGUGUAGCAUCUGCAUUGUAGUGGUGCUGAUCCUCAUUGUAGCUGUGGCAGUGUAUUACCGCAGGGGCCGCCGUAACAUGGUAGUUCAAAUUGACAACACAAUAUAUGCAGAUGUUAUGGGCAGUACAAGAAUUAUAGAUACAAGAGGGACUGUGGUCGACCUGGCUGACCCAAGACUGAACAAGCCGCAGACUCUGUAUGACGAGAUCAAAGUUGGACGCCCUCUUCUGCCUACCAGGAAGUACUUGUGAGCUGAGCAGGAUGUAUUGAUAGGAUAGGCCUUACAUCUUUGCAUCAUCUGCAUCCGAGGCUACAGUCUGUAGAUAGAUGUUACUGUUCACUUUUAUCACGACUUGCACAUUUCUGACAUUUGUUGCUUAUUUUUUUCAUGAUUGCAAUCUUCUCCCAUUAUUGUUCCUCAUAUGUCCAGGCUGCAUCACAUCCGGAUGUGAUUGGGAGUCCCUUAGGGCGGCGCACAAUUGGCCCAGCAUCAUCCGGGUUUAGCCGGGAAAGGCCAUCAUCGUAAAUAAGAAUUUUUCUUAACUGACUUGCCUAGUUAAAUAAAGGUUACUUUAAAAAAAACGUAUAUAUACAGUUGAAGUCGGAAGUUUACAUACACUUACAGUGGGGGAAAUAAGUAUUUCAUCCCCUGCUGAUUUUGUACAUUUGCCCA